ACUCUUUCUCUUUCCGGGUGUACACAUGAAUUAUAUGUGGGGUGCAGUGGUUAAAAUUGUAUCUCAAAUAGGGAUUGUACGGAAUGUAAAACGGAAUCUCACUGCCUUAUUGUACAGCCAAGAAAGGAUAAAUAAAAAUAACGUAAUCUGCCAUGCAAACUGCAGCAAAGUAACGAAGGUCGUAUUCAACAUUCGCGCUAAAAAUGUUUGCUUGCAAAUGCUCAACAAUUAUCGAUACUUAGCGUCUGACAUCACGCAUGAAUUCAGACUGAAUUGUCGCCAGUAUCACACAAUAAUGCAGUCAGGUGAAAUGGAGGCAGGCGAAAUUUUAAAUGCAAGUAAUGAUCUAACGACCACUGCCAGCGAUGACAAAGCGAUGAAGGAAAAGGGCGAAAAACGCAAGAGCGAAGAAGAACUUCACAAACAUCGUGGCAAGAAAAGAAGAGGAGGGGGAGGCAAAAAGCUACGUCCAGGGGAAAGGUAUGUGCCUCCCCCACAGAAACGAAACCCCGGCGUGAGUUUCAGCCAGGAGCAUUUUCAAGAGACAUCCUACUAUUUUGAGGGUGGUCUCCGUAAAGUAUAUCCGUAUUACUUUGACUACAAGACUUACUGCAAAGGUCGCUGGAUUGGAAAAAGCCUCCGCGAGGUGUUCAAUUCCGAAUUCAGAGCAGAGCCGUUGGAUUAUUAUGAACAGGCAGUCCAGCUAGGACGAAUCCGACUGAACGAGACCCCAGUCGAGGAUCUGAAUAUAACUCUAAAGAACAAUGACUUCAUGCGGAACACAGUUCACCGUCAUGAACCACCAGUUAGUGCCCGUCCCUUGGAGAUUCUGGAGGACAAUGGAGAAGUGGUUGUGGUGGACAAACCUGCCUCACUGCCAGUUCAUCCAUGUGGCCGGUUCCGUCACAACACGGUUAUCUUCAUCCUGGGGAAGGAGCGAGGAUUGUGCAGUCUUCACACUGUCCACAGGCUUGACCGCCUGACCUCUGGCGUGCUGCUGUUCGCUCGCACCCUGGAGGUGUCCAAGAGGCUGGACCAGCUCGUCCGUGACAGACAGCUGGAGAAGGAGUAUUUAUGCCGUGUGGAGGGGCAGUUCCCAGAGGAAGAGCUGGUCUGUGAGGAGCCCAUCCUGGUGGUGUCCUUCAAGGUCGGGGUGUGUCGUGUAGACCCCAAGGGAAAGCCUUGCCGUACGGUCUUCCAGAGGCUCAGCUGGAACGGGCGCUCCAGUGUGGUGCGCUGCCUUCCACACACGGGCCGCACACACCAGAUUCGUGUCCACCUACAGUUCCUGGGCCACCCCAUCCUUAAUGACCCCAUUUAUGGAUCCUCAGCCUGGGGCCCAACCCGGGCCAAGGGGGGAGUAGUGGGGCUGAACGAUGAGCAGCUUCUCCAGGCACUGAUAGAGGAGCACAACUCCAAGGAGAGCCUGCACCUCCUGGAUCUCCCUGACGAUGGCCUCGCACAGGGACGUAGCCACAGUGCUGGUGAAGGUCUAGCUAUUUCAGCCUCUAAUCAGAGUGGAAGUGCUGACUGUGCAGACAUAGGGUCAGUAAACACCCUUGGUGUGCCUGGGGUAGAGUCCCAUGCAUCGCACACCUGCAUGGAUCCCAAACCCAACCCCGAGGAUCUGGAAAAAAAUGCCGGUAAUAGCAGAAAGGAGGUUGUUUCUGCUACAACCAACCUGCCUGCAUGUGACUUAGGGGGCAGAGAUGCAGUCUUUAUGCAGACUGGCACAGAUAACUCAGAAAAGGAAGUGGUGUAUAUAAAAGCAGACUCUAUACAGACUCAAAACCAAUCACAGUCCCAGGAAUUGUCCAGUUGUGCAAGGAUUGCCACUCAGGUCCGAGAUCAUUUAUGCACAGAAUGUAAGCUAGUGCGGCCAGAUCCUACAGAGAAGGAGUUAGUCAUGUACCUCCAUGCACUGCGUUACAAAGGGCCAGACUUUGAGUACAGCACUAGGAUUCCAGAGUGGGCAAGAGAGGAUUGGGAGGAGGACUAGAGAUUAUAUCCUCCUAGUACUUCUUGUAACUUCAUUGCAGCUGUAUCCAAGACAAUUCUAAGGCAAAUGGUCAGCCUUUUGUCACAUAAAGUGUGUGUUGAUGCUCUUACUCUCUGAACAUGGUUGUAUUUUUAAUUCCAUUCAUUUUUCUUACUUUUUUCCCCUCUUAUCUGUAAUAUUUAGUUUUUGACCAUCUUUAGUAUAACUGGCUGCUUGUAUGACUGUUUUUAUUUCAUGAGACAUUCAUUUAAAAUAAAUGAUUUUGAAUCUC